AUGUCCUCUUCCGCGCCUCGCGUGUUGGCCCGCAAUAUCAAGCCGACUGAGUUCAUAAUGAAGCUCGGUGCUGGUGGGGCUAUUGAGGGUGGAUUCAAGAUCCCCAAUUUGAGGAGGGCUCCGUUCUGGAAGUUCAUAUGGACGCAGCAGUUCGUCGCCAGACAACACUUCUUCUCGGUGCAUCACGCCGGGCUGCUGUUCUCGAUGGCAUUCUUCUGGUGGACCGGCUGGUUCGACACCGCCCCUGUCGAGAGGAGGGAUAAGUACUACAUGAAUGGUGCGAAGUUCCGUCUGCAAUCAGCAUAUCAUAAUCCCGGUACGAGGCCUGCUUAUAAGAUUGCUCAGGAGCAAGCAAAGAUCCGCUACUUUUAUCGUGGUUUCGAUCACCCCUAUACCAUUAACGAGGCCAAGGACCAGUUAUGGAAACUUAGAGAGAACUGGAUUAUACAGAACUACCCGGGCGUGCAGUACCCGUAUGUGAGCAAGCAGAUGAUGCCUCCUCAGCUGCCCGAUAAGAUGUAUAAAAUUGCGACACCUGAUGCGAGUGAAGCUAAGCAUUGA